AUUGCGCCCUACCGUCUUUCUAUAGCGGUCCAUACAAACAGCAAGUGCGGGAACCAGCUCGUGGGCCAGCUGGUCGCAUUCCGCAGCGACCGCCACGAUGAUUCCUUCGCCGCGCGGGUCCGCGGCCGGCGCCGACUACCACGACGCGACGCCGAUCUCCGAGUCGCCCCAUCCGCAUCCGCUCACGCUCGACGAGUCCUCUACCGGCGUGCGCCCGUCGCUCGCUUCAAUUGUGCUCAUGCAGUCGUCCAUGCCCCGGGCCACGAUUCCCACGUCCAUGGACGACGAUGGCGUCGGCGCGCCGGUCUCGCCCGUCACGCUCCUCUGGUACGUCGUCUCGUCGACCGCGAUCGGCGCUGUCGUCAUCUGCACGCUCGUCUUUGCCGGCAACAUUGGCAUGCACUUUCUCGCCGCCGUCCUUGUCGCGAUCCUCAACUACGAGAUGGCAUGGUACGCGCUCGGCGUGCGCCACAAGAUCCUGCGGCCCUUUCAGCUUUACUACGAGCCCGACGCGCUCGCAGCGUCGCGCGACAGCGACGUGCCGCCGGCGAACGCGCGAGUCUGGGGCCGCAUGCUGCACAUGCCCGCGCCGCUGCUGUCGGUGCUUGUCGCGCUCCUCGCCAGCGCACUCUGCGGCGGCCUCCUUGUGCUCAUCCAGAACGACGCCGGGCUCGGCCUCGACACUGGCACCUUCGGCAUCCUCGUCGCGUACAUUACGUCGACGUGCUUUGUCGCGGUGAUCGCCGCCAUGUUCACGCCAUCGGCCAUGGACGGCGCGAUCUUGCUCCUCAUGCAAGCAGCCUUCUCGGUGCUGACGCUCAACACGCUCCUCGACUUUCGCGCGGCUGUCAACGGCAAUAUUCGCUCCAUCAAGCUCAUCGACGCCGGGUUCGCCCUCAGCAUUGCAUUCGUGCCAAUCGUCAUUUUGCGCAUCGUGCGGUCGCGCGAGGUCGCGCGCACGGGCGUGACCUUGCUGCUGGACCUCUUUACGCUGCAGUAUGUCCCGUCGCUCCUCAACGUCGUCGUCAGCGUCGUGCAAGACUACCUCAAUCCAGACCAGCUCGACCCGCACGAGCCGCCCCACUACCGCCUCUACACCCUAAUCCUCUGCUUUCUCGUGCUCUGGGCCUCCGACUUGGCGACGCUCGUGACGCGCCACGUGUGCCCACAGCGCCCGCCGUGGGUCGCAGUCGCGGCCAGCGCCGUUGCUGCGGUGGCCACGGUCGCUCUCUAUAGCCUCGUCGUGGUCCCGGCAUCGAUCCCGAAUCUGCGCAAGCCGCGGCACUUUGCGCUCGCAGUUCUGAGCGCGUUUGUGUACCACAUUGGCAUUCAAUUUGUCGCUGUGCUGCGCUUUGUCGCGCUGCCUUCGAACGGCCCCGUGCUGCACUCGACUUGGCUUGUCCGUCUCCAGUACUUGCUCCUCUUUGGCUUUUGCGCUAUGCUGCUCGAGCGCGUCGAGUGGCCGGGCGACUACAGCUACACGUCUGAGGACGUGUCGAACCAGAUUCUGCGCAUGUGGCAGCGCAUCGACAACAGCACGUACCAGGCGUACCUCGAGCGCGAGAGCAAGCUCAAUUUUAUCUCGCGCAUCUCCAAGCUCGUCAAGGUCAUCCACCUCGUGCCCGACGACCGACAACUCAAAAACUGGAGCGCGCUCAAGCUCCAUCAACUCGUGACGUACUAUGGCGCCAAAGCGCUGAGCAAUGCGACGUCGACGUAGACGCAAGGUCCUAGAAUCAUCCGUGUGUGUCGUCCUCGCUUAUAUAUAUCGAAAUGCUUGAUCGUGGCGAUCACUGGGUGCAAA